AUAUGUUUCUUAUUACAUAUAUGUAUAUGUAUUCCAGAUUACUUAGCAGAUCAUCAUCUCGUUGUUGAAAACCUUGCAUUGAGAAGAAUAACUGAAGCUUGGAAAAAUGGGGGUUAUCUCGAGACAGGUUCUGCCUGUAUGUGACGUCCUCUGUGCUUGUUGUCCUUCAUUACGGACUAGAUCAAGACAUCCAGUAAAACGUUACAAGAAGCUUCUUGCAGAUAUAUUCCCACGCUCUCAGGGUGGUGAGCCAAAUGAGCGGAAGAUUGGGAAGCUUUGCGAAUACGCUGCUAAAAAUCCUUUACGUAUACCUAAGAUCACUGAUUACCUGGAGCAAAAGUUUUAUAGGAAUUUGCGGAAUGAAAACAUUGGGGCUGUAAAAGUUGUACUGCUUGUAUAUGGGAAAUUGCUAUCCUCUUGCAAGAAGCAGAUGCCACUCUUUGCAAGUAGUUUUUUGGGAAUCACUGGGACCCUGCUUGUGCAAUCACAAAAGCACGAAAUGCAAAUUCUUGGUUGUAACGCUCUUGUAAACUUCAUAAACAAUCAGCUGGACGGUGCUUACUUGUUCAACUUAGAAGGCCUUAUUCCAAAGCUUUGUCAACUGGCUGAAGAAGUUGGAAAUGAUGAAAGAGUACUACGCUUAAGAUCAGCGGCACUUGAAGUGUUAGCCUUCAUGGUGCGGUUCAUGGGGGAGCAGCCUCAUGCUUCUAUGGACUUUGAGAACAUUAUAUCAGUGACUUUGGAGAAUUAUACGGACAUUCAACCAAAGCAAGAACACAAAAAGUAUGACAGGCAGCUUUCUCAAGCACAUGUACACGCUCCUUCAUUUGCUGACUUAAGACAGACCACAGAAAUUGUCAACUGUAAGCCACAAGUUGACCCGCCAGAGGAUGCACAUAAGAAUCCUUCUUACUGGGCUCGAGUUUGCUUGCAUAAUAUGGCCAUAUCGGCUAAGGGGGUAACAAAUGUACGACAUGUACUGGAACCUAUUUUUCAAAAGUUUGACAAAGAUAAGCUUUGGCUCCCAGAUAAAGGGCUUGCCUUUUCUGUUUUAAAGUAUCUACUGACGAUUUUGGAGGAAACAGAUGACAGGUCGCAUAUAUUAUUCGCUAUCUUGAUUAAGCACUUGGAUAACAAGGAUGUUACCAAGCAUCCAAUUUUGCAGUUGCAUAUUGUAAAUGUUGCUACACAACUUUCUGAGAAUAUAAAACAGCAUGACUCAGUCACCAUUUUUGGUGCAAUAGCUGAUCUCAUCAAACAAUUACGCAAGUGCCUGCAGAGGUUGUCUGAACCAUCGAGCCCUACAGAGGGCUCGGAUAGCUGCUAUACUGACCUUCAAUGUGCUUUAGAAAACUGCAUCUCAAAUCUCUCAUGUAAGGUUGGAGACGUGGGGCCAAUUCUUGACACCAUGGCUGUAGUGCUAGAGAAAAUCCCGAUUAGUGCUGCUCUAGCCAGAGCAAAUAUCUUUGCUGUUUAUCGGACUGCACAAGUUACCACUUCCAUUCCAAACAAAACCUACUUCAGAAAGGCGUUCCCUGCUGCUCUCUUUCACCACUUGCUGUUAGCAAUGUUGCACCCUGAUCAUGAAACACGAGUUCUUGCACACCGUGUUUUCUCUAUUGUGCUUAUCCCAUCUUUAAAGCAAACAUGGUCAAUCCAUGAUUUAAUACCUUCACAAGCUGAGAUUCCAUCAAUGAUGCCACAAACGGUAGCAGAUGGAAGUAACAAGAGUAUACUUGAAACCAUAGAUGAAGAUACAAAGGAGAAAGAAGAUCAUGUCAUGGAAGAGCAUUUGCAGCCAACUACAGAAUCUUUAUCUUGUAGUGGUAUCGAGGCUUCCAUCCGUGAUAGGAAAACAGUUCCUAGUUCCAUGCGACUGAGCGGUCAUCAAGUAAGUCUUGUUCUUUCAUCCAUAUGGAUUCAGGCAACAUCGAUGGAAAAUGCCCCUGCAAAUUUUGAGGCAAUGGCAAAUACAUAUACUCUUGCUCUGUCAUUUACUUUAUCGAAGGCUUCAAAUCACACGGCCUUACUCCGGUUUUUUCAGUUGGCAUUUUCCCUCAGAAACAUUGCUUUGUAUCAGCAAGGUGGUCCAAAACCAUCCCGGAGAAGGCCUGUGUUUAUGUUGGCUUCAUACAUGAUUAUCGUUACUGCAAAGGCAUUCCAUAUUCCAGAGCUAAUUUCUCUGGUCAGAUCUACAAUGACAGAAGAAACGGUGGAUCCUUAUCUUCUGUUGGAUGAAGAUAUUAGGCUACAGGCUGUAUGUACAGAACCUGGUGACAAAAACUGUUACGUAUCACAAGCAGAUGAAGCUUCUGCAAUGAAGUCACUCUCUGCAAUAGAAAUAAAAGAUCAACAGUUAAAAGAUACACUUUCGACACACUUUGUACAUGAUAUCGGGAAAUCUUCAGAGGAAGAUCUAUCAAAUAUGAAGGCACAGCUUUCACAGUGGUUUACGCCUGAUGAAGAAUAUCCAUUGGGAACCCCAUUGUUUAUGGGGAUAGUACAUCCAUGUUCACCGGAGCUUCAGGCUUUUGAAGAGGUUAUGCCUGAUGCUGACUCGGAAAACGAAGAUACUUGUGAUCAAUAUGGAAACCAAUCAGAUGGAAAAACUUCACGUUCUCGCAAUUCACUUGAUAUUUUAAGUGCCAGCCAGUUAAUGGAAUCGGUAGUGGAAACAGCACGUCAAGUCGAAAACCUGCCGGAUUCCUCUACACUUCUUACUUAUGAUCAGAUGAAAAAUCAAUGUGAGGCUCUUGUGACUGGUAAACAGAAGAAAAUGUCUGUUCUUCAGAGUUUUAAGGAGCAACAAGAGGCCAUGACACUAAAAUCUUCUGCUGAAAUUGAACAGCAUACUCAACCUAUAUCAAACAACAAGAUGGAAAUCACAGAAGUGGAAGGUAAACCUUUUAAGAGUGAUCCGGCUCAAGGGCAUGAUCAGGUUGUUACUUGUAUGAACGAGUAUGGAAAACAAGAAUCUUUCAGGUUACCAGCUUUAAGCCCAUAUGACAAGUUUUUGAAGGGAACAAGAUGUUAUUACAGGUUUUGUGGGAUAAAGGAACUAGUAUACAACUUCUAAAAUGGUAUUGCUCAACUAUCGUAGUUGAAUGUCAUUCGGCAGUGGGUUGUUGGAUGAGCAUGAUUUAUCUCUCGCAUGAUAAGUCUGGCAUAUGUGAGUGAGGGUUUCCAGAAAAUCAAUCUCUUCUUGUUGAAAAACAUACAAUUACAAAAUUAUUAGGUAUCUCGAAACUGUCUUUAUCGAGAGGAUGCCUUCAUGUACUUGAUCAAUUUUCAUGCAUUAUAAGGCGACAGAAAAAUAAAUGACGUGUGUCAAAAAAAGUAGUCCGUGAUCAAUUACUAGAGGAAAACACAAGGUAUUAAGGUUUACAACCAUGAAGUCAGGUAGGUAAUUUGAGCAUGUUAUUCAGAAGACAUAUAGAAGAUGCAAUGUAAAUAACUGUUCACGCUUUAACAAUA